AUGCCAAUUCUGCCCACUUCAGCAGAAAUGUCGACAGCCUCAGAGUUUACUGAGAACAUGCAGACGUACGAAAAAUGCGUGGACUACAUCCAAACCCACUUCAUGCUUUUGCGUGAGGACUACAUCGAGCCAUUGCGAGCUGGAAUCAAACUCUUCAUGCAAGGGCGUCACUCACCCAAGGAUCUCCAUGUCUACACGGGUGUGAAGGUUGUGGGCGUUCUGAGUACCUGGGAAGGGCUGGUGUAUCGCAUCGAGCUUCGUCCGGAAGAGACCCGGAAGAUCAAUUGGGAGAAGUCGAAGCAGCUGAUGUACGGCAGCUUGUUGUGCUUUUCAGAUGAUGACUUCUCAUCCCUGAUUUGGGCAACAGUUUGGCGGCGAGAUCCGGCGCUGAUUUCUGGGAAGGCGCAGCUGGACAUCCGCCUUCCAUUUGAUCCGUGGGAUGACAGGCUCUCACCUGGAAAGAUGUUUUGCUGCAUUGAGAACGUAACGAUCUACUUUGAGGCAUACCGCCAUGUUCUCAUUGCUUUGCAGAAUAUGCGCGCAGCUGACGUGCCCUUCCAGCAGACCCUUCUCACUCCGCAGCCAGAUGCUUUGCCACCUACAUACCUGAAGGAAGAGACUGACAUGUUCCACUUUCACAAUGUUUUCUCCAACUGUGAGAAGGCAGAUGCAGAAGUUGCUGCUCCGAAAUCCUUCAGGAUUUUGGCGGAAUGGCCCCCUGCUUUGCGACAGGCGUUGGACCUCGAUCCUUCGCAGCUUGACGCUGUCCAGCACGCCCUCACACAUCAAAUGGCGUUGAUUCAAGGUCCACCUGGUACUGGAAAGACAUUCGUCGGACUCAAGAUAGUGCAGGCUUUGCUGGACAACACCAGAAAUCUCCGCCACUCACCAAUCCUGGUCGUGUGCUUUACAAACCACGCCUUGGAUCAGUUCUUGGAAGGCAUUUUCAAGUUCUGUGAGAGCAUCGUCCGAAUAGGUUCCCGAUCAAAGAGUGAACAGAUGAUGCGCAGAAAUCUAAAGGAGUUGGUCAUGGAAGUCAAAGCGUCUCGAGAGUUCAUCCAGGCUCGCAAGAGCCUGACAGACCGACGGGAUUACUUGCGGGAUGAGCUUGUCAAGGCCAUGAAGCUGGUCGACAGCCACACAGUGUCUGCUGCCCAAGCCAAGUCCCUCAUGUCCGAGCAGCAGUUUGAGACAUUCUAUCAGGGCUUUCUUGAUUGUCUUGGCGACGACAAAGGAGAUUUUCCUGAGGACCCUUGGGUGGUGGAUGAUGACGUUUGGUCGCGAGUGAUGAAGGAAUGGCUGGGAACGAGUGACCCAGCCAAGCUCGCACCAGUGCCAAUCCGUCAAGAGGGAGGUCUUCCAUCGUUCAAGAACUUUGGCCUUGAAGAAGAAAGUGACGACGAUGACCCCCUUUUUGGUGGCAAGGAUGGAGAUGAAGAGGAGGCAGAGAAUGAAAUGUACGAGAGAAAACUCGAUGUUGACAACGAGCAGACCGAGCAGGUCGAUGAAAAGAAGAAGCCCGGGAGCCGCAUGGACUUCUUCCAAGAGCUUCACUACGCAUGGCUUCCGUACUUGGAAGAAUACUACGAAACAAUGACUCCGGAGAUGCGGAGUUUGGAUUGGCGGCAAGAGGAUCUUUGGCGGCUACACAGAGAGCAUCGGCGAGAAUGCUACCGUCAGUGGCUUUUAGAGGCUCACGAAGAAGCGAGAGGAAUCCUGCCGGAGCUGGCACAUUUGUUGGAACGCAAUGCGGAAAGCAGAGCUGCCCUGGACCGUGACAGAAAACUUGCAGUUCUCCGGGAGAUGCAGGUUGUUGGGAUGACAACAACUGCGGUCUCAAAGUACCAGCUCCUGCUAAAGGAGCUACGACCAGAAAUCGUCAUUGUGGAAGAAGCUGCCGAAGUGCUUGAGGCUUGGGACCCAGAGGGACCCAGAGGGACCCAGAAAGAAAGUGUUUGCACAACAAAUUACUUGGCGAAUCCCAUCGCCUUUGUGCCCUUUGAUGUCCUUUGUGUCUUACUCUCAGUACAGACCAGCUGGUACGGUGCCCUGCAAGCCCCGCCCUACACUCCACUCUCGUCGAGAGGUGCUUGGAGGAACGUCAAGAUGGGCGCUUACACUUCUGGAUGUGCAGGAGAUUGCGAGCAGUGUGGGAACUUGUGCCUGGCACAAGAGAAGGAGCAAAAGGCGGUGAUGAAGACCUUCACUGUCAAUGCUACAGCGCAUGACCACGACAAUGUUUCUCCAGAGCUGCAAAGAUAUGCAGUACACGGCAGUGACGCUCCGUGGCAAAAUGCUUGCUUUGGCAUUUCCAACGGUGAAGAGGUCCUUUUUGAAGAG